GCCGGUGGGACGGUGGGGAGAGGUGGAAGAGGAGCCUCCCUCUCCAGAUCCAUCGCCCAGCACCACGCCUGCGUGAAGGGAUGGGAAGCACUGCCAUGGACAAGAAGAAAGAUGCCUCCAGCAGCAGCAGCAGUAGGAAAAACUCCAGCCAGAAGAAACUCAUGUUGCGAGUGCACAUCCCCGAUCUCAGCUCAUUUGCCAUGCCAUUCUUGGACGGUGAUGUGGAGAGCACAGACAAAAAUGCUUCUCGCAAGGUGGAAGAAAGCUACUCUGCUGGCAGUCCUUCAAAAGGCCUUUUCUCAAAAGGGCUCCAGAACCGACCUUCCAGCCCCGUUUCUGCCCCUGUGAGAUCCAAACAUAGCCCCGGCUCACCCAAAACAGUGUUCCCUUUCCCCUACCAGGAGUCUCCCCCACGCUCCCCACGCCGAAUGAGCUUCAGUGGGAUCUUCAGGUCCUCCUCCAAAGAGUCCUCCCCCAAUUCUAACCCGUCUACCUCUCCUGGGGGCAUCAAGUUUUUCUCCAGAUCAAGAAAAACCUCUGGCCUCUCCUCUUCUCCAUCUACCCCAACACAAGUGACCAAGCAGCCCACGUUUCCUCUUGAAUCCUAUAAGCAUGAGCCUGAGAGACUAGAAACACGGAUUCACUGUUCUUCACCUCCAGACACAGGGCAGAGAUUUUCUUUGCCUCCAUCUCAAAGUGCAGUCAAGCCUCCUAUCACAACACCAGCUCCCUGUGCUACCUCAAAACCAGCGGCGGCGGCGGCGGCAGCGGCUCCGGCUCCCUCUCAGCUCCCGGCCGCCUCCGAAGGGAUGCUGGAGAAACUAGAGCUCGAAGAUGAAGCACUUGAAGAAUCGGAAAGUGACAUUUAUGUGCGAUUCAUGAGGUCACACAAGUGUUAUGACAUUGUUCCAACAAGCUCUAAGCUUGUUGUUUUCGACACUACGCUACAAGUAAAGAAAGCCUUUUUUGCCUUGGUGGCAAAUGGUGUGAGAGCAGCUCCACUGUGGGAGAGUAAAAAACAGAGUUUUGUAGGAAUGUUAACAAUUACAGAUUUCAUUAACAUACUGCAUAGAUACUAUAAGUCUCCAAUGGUUCAGAUUUAUGAACUGGAGGAGCACAAGAUAGAAACCUGGAGGGAGCUUUAUUUACAAGAGACAUUUAAACCUUUAGUGAACAUCUCCCCAGAUGCAAGCCUUUUUGAUGCUGUAUAUUCAUUGAUCAAAAACAAAAUCCACAGAUUGCCAGUUAUAGAUCCAGUCAGUGGAAAUGCACUUUAUAUACUUACCCAUAAAAGAAUCCUCAAGUUCCUCCAGCUUUUUAUGUCAGAGAUGCCAAAGCCUGCCUUUAUGAAGAAGAAUCUGGAUGAACUUGGAAUAGGAACUUACCACAACAUUGCCUUCAUACAUCCAGACACUCCUAUCAUUAAAGCCUUGAAUAUAUUUGUAGAGAGAAGGAUAUCGGCAUUACCUGUUGUGGAUGAGUCAGGAAAAGUUGUAGAUAUUUAUUCCAAAUUUGAUGUAAUAAAUCUUGCUGCUGAAAAAACAUAUAAUAACCUAGAUAUCACGGUGACACAAGCCCUACAGCACCGUUCUCAGUAUUUUGAAGGUGUUGUAAAGUGUAGUAUGCUGGAAACACUGGAGACCAUUGUGGAUAGAAUAGUGAAGGCUGAGGUUCAUCGUUUGGUGGUAGUGAAUGAAGCAGAUAGCAUUGUGGGUAUCAUCUCCCUUUCUGACAUUCUACAAGCUUUGGUACUCACACCAGCAGGUGCCAAACAAAAGGAGGCUGAAAGUGAAUGACUGCUGUGAAUGUAUACACGUUUGUAGGAGAACUUGAACAAAGUUUCUGGGUCAAGUUUGUCUCGAGAACCGUGACUGCAAUAGAACAGAGCAGGAUGGCUGAGAAUGUGUAUUGGGACUUAGUGAUGGAUGAUGAGUCUAUUCCCCCCAGUGAUGUCGCAAAAAAAGCAGCAUGACAAAAGCUUAUGUCAAAAUGUAGGCUUGUAUUUCAAAAUGUCCUCAAAACAUUUGCUGGAAGACUUCACAUGAUGUCCUUCAUUAAAAUGCACUGUAUUCUGAAACUUUUCAUUUUGUAUUUGACAGAAGUCACUGGUCAGCAAUGGAUAUAUGUGACAUAAGGCAAGUGUAUGGCAUAUUCAUAUCAUAGUGCCUUAUGUCAAAAUACAGCAAUAUGUCAUCACUGUUGCCCAUCACUGUCAAAGGAAGUAUUGUGCUAAACGAGACACUGUAUUUGAAUGUGAAAGUCUUUUAAACCUAAAACCAAAUCAGUUUCAGUUCUCAUUAGAUUUGUCAUAAAAGCUGUAAUUUGAAUAUCGGUAGACUUCUUUAAAACUUCAAUGACAGUUUUGUGUUAAAUGUUGCAUUCUGAACUGAGAUGUAAAACAAGACUGAUUUUAAAAACAGCUUUAUUUAUUUUUACUUUCAUGACAAUUUUUUACACAUCUUUGGUGGAUAGCUAAAAUUUCACCAUAUCCAUUAAUAAACUGUUGAUUGUUAUACAAACAAGUGGUAGAUUUUCUCAUUAUUUACAACUUUGGAGUUGCAGAAGCUGUGGCCUGUUGAUCAGUCCAUAUGACUUGAGCUGAAGAUUCCAGAAGCAUGGAUCGAAAGUGCUCUGUACUGUAAUACGCAGGCACCAUGGAGGAAAUGAGGUGCCAGAGAACAAUAUUUUCAUCUGUAUUAAAGUGUAAAACGAUGUUUGUACAACAAAACCGAAACUUUUUAUUGUAUAUGAUUUGUACAGAAGUGGAGGAGUGAGGAAAGCUGUUGGGGUAUUUGCUAAUGUAAAUGUACUGUAAAGUUUGAAGAUGAAACUUUUAUAAUUGUAGAUUCUUGUAGAUGGAAGAAAUUAAACCCUACAACAUCA